CUACCUAUCCCUUCAUUUGUAAGUUACACCACUAAUAAAUCUCUCUUUUCACUAUGUGGAGUGGCCUUAAUAAUUUCACCAGAAGCACUGUCCCCCCACUGGUUCAGAACCUCAGAUGACAUCUACCAGACUCCUAAAGAAAAUCUACUUGGUUGACUUUUUCUUUGGAAAACAAAAUGUUACUGAUCAAUUACACAUAUAUAAUUUCCUGAAUGUGUCUGUCCAAGUUUUAUUGUAAUAAAAAUGGAGAUAGACUAUUAUUUCCAUAAUUUUGGUUCUUGUACCUGAGUAGCUGUUGAAAUUUUUCCUCUAAAGGGGUGAGGGAGUCCAGGGUGUUUGAAUAAUAACAAACCAACUACUGAUGCAGCUUCCUACAUUCCAUAUGCUGAUGACUGGGUUAAGCCCUGUGCGCUACUUUAUCUACCAUUCACACAAGGCGCAGUGUAGCCUCUAUAGACGUGUUUACAAAGGAGAAACAGGAGCCCAGGCAGCCCAGGCAGCCCAGGCAGCCUGGGCUUUGAUUGAUUGGCAGCACACAGGGUGGUCCCCAGAGCUUUGCCGAGUGUGACCACUGCGGUGGAAAUCCUAGUCUGCAUGCACCAGGGCUGGAGGUAACUCUGCUCUUUUUUUUUUUUUUUUUUUUCUAGUAUAUUUGAUCAAAAGUAGCAACUGAGUCUUGGUCCUUAAGACCUGCCGUAGUUUCUAGCUUUAUAACAAGCCAUUUUCCUCUUUUAAAAAACAUGUUUUUCACAAAGAACAAAAACUAAAACAGCUCAUAUUUUUAUAGCAAGAAAAAAAUGUACCUUGAUUCCUAUAUUUAGAUUUUUAUCUACAAAUGAGUUUUGAAAAUGUUCUUAGGUAAGAAGACCAGAAUCAUCUUCCAGUCAUUACUGAAACCUGAAGGGGUUCAUUUGGUUCUUGAAAGAGCCCGCUCAUCUUUUAAUGGCUGUAUAGUUCCCCACACUUGUCCACAUCGCUGACGUUAUAAAUGACUCGUGAUGACGGAAUUCAGCCCAGGGUUUGUAGAGGUGACUGUACUGGAGAUUAGCCAUUAGCCACAUGUGGCUAUUUUUUAAAUUUAGCUAAAAUUUGAGUAUUUGGUUCCUCAAGCACACCAGGCACGUUUCACACGACUAGCCAUUGUGGUGACCAUGUGUGUGCAUUCAUGUCACCGCAGCGGACUGUCUUGGGCGGUGCCCCCUUAGGGUGUACACUUUUAUAUGCUUGUCUUCCUCUCUCCUCUUCCCCAUCUGCAACGAUCUCUUCUGAGAAUGAUGUCUCCAUCUUCCACAGUUCGGAUAGGCACCUUCCCAGUGACUUCCCAUGAUAUUUGACCGGGAGGACCCUGGUGGCUCAGCUGAUGGUCUGGUGGUACAGGGAAGCAUGCUCACCCAGACAGAAUUCACCAGGCUAAAGUGAGGAGUCCACACAGCCAUCUAGUUUUACUUCACCAGAUGCUGUGUCAGGAAGCACGGACAGGCUCUGCACUGUUGAGCUGGUGCAGAGACUCCCCUACCACUGGCGGACUUGUUAGAAAUGCUGCUGCUUAUUAACCCUUGCUGUAACUGUGGCAGCUUCUAGAGCAGAGGCAGAUGACUUUAAAACGGCUUUAUUCAGAUACGGUUUCCAUGCAGACUCCUGCACACUUCUAGCACAUGUAGCUUGAUAUGCUAGUUGCUGAUCUCAUUGACACCAUCCACAAUAAGCCCAUGUGGACUGUUGAUUCCCUCUGUUAGCCUGUAUGAUUUAAAGAGAAAAACAAUUGGUUUGUUUGUUUUUAUAAGUCUUGGAGUUUUUUAUCAGUCUGGGAGUUCAACUGUAUUCUUGUUGCUUUUGAUUGUUAUUCUUCUUCCCAUUUAAUGAUUCUCAAAUAAGCUUGGUAUGUGGAUAUUUGGCAUAGUCCUUGUGGUACACUUAGGGUCUGCUAACAACAUUUCUGUGCUGUAUUAGCCGUGAGCACACCUACAUAGAUAGAUAAGCUUCUUUGGUCUGUCUUUUCCACAGUGAUAUUGUACAGACUUUUUUAUAGAGAUCAGUUGACCCUCUUUGCCACUGAUAUUGUAUAAUACAAUAGUGGAAAGUCUCCCUGUAACAAACACUUGCCUUCUCUAUGUUGUAGAUGGCAUCUUGUUGAGCACUAGAAUGAAUCUCUGUUGUGAAGGCUCCCAGCCACUAGACAGCUCACAACUGAGUCGUCUAGUAAGCACUUCUGUUGUGGGGUCAAGGAUUUGGGACCAUUUUCCAAAUAUAAAAAGUGAUGGUCAGUAUUUGGAAAGUAUUGGUAAUUGUAGAUCAAAGUGUUAGGAAGAAGGGAGAGUCUGUUGCAUUAGUCUCCACUUUGGUCUAAUGUUUAAAAAAUGUAAAGAGUGAAGAAAUGUCCCGAGCCCAUUUGGUGAGCGAACAGGGCUGUUUUUGCUGCUGAGAUUCUACACUGGAGUCAGGUUUUGCUCCAAAAUUCAUUAAGAGCCUUUUCGAGUCUUGUCUUAAUUGAAUGCCAGACAUUGAAUAAAAUUAAUGGAGGGAAUGCUGUACUUUAUUUAAAUCUAACAGUAAAUUACCCUUCUCCCCCCACUUCUGAUACGUCACAAAGGUCAGGAACACAUUGUCAUAAAAAGCAAUUCAGUUUAUGUAAUACCAUCUUAGGUAAUUGCAUGCACCCUUGUCCUAUUAUUUUGGUGUCCCAAAUUGUGUUGUGGGGUGUAUACAUGGUGACCUGCCACCAAUCUUAGGAACUAAUUCUCUGAUUUCUUUUUAUCACAUUAGGCAUGGUACUAAACAUCAAGAAAAGCCCUAGUGAGUAAAAACUCUAGUGAUUUUACUUUGGGGCGUUGGGCCUUCCAAAAUUCCACUUGACUCCUUUAUUCACUAGCAAGAACAAUGUUUUUAUGAUAAUCACAGCGCCCCGCCCCGCCUCUGCUGCAGCCCUGCUGGUUUGGUUUCAGGCUGUGACAGAUGUCUGAUUGGCGGGCUCUGUUUAUUCUGUGACCAGAUUCUUUCUAAAAGAGGGCCGGCCCUACCUGCCUGAAGCCUAUUGGCUGUGUAUACUCUGGGCCCUCCCUCUCCCUCCCCCCACCUCUGCCUUCACAGCACACACCGCCACUAAGUCUGUGCGGAAUCCUAAACCAGCCCAAUUUACAUCCAUUCAUGAAUGUGUGACGUCAGCAAGCCUUGAGCUCCUUUGCGGUGGGCCGGAGGAUUGUGUGGGUAGAAUCUCCCUCCCCCUUAUUUUUCCAAUUCUGCAAGGCUCUUUAGAUUAACCUUCCAUCUUUUUAAAGCAAGAAAAUGGAACAGCAUGUGUAGGAAUUCUUCAUUGUUGUUUUGGACUCCCCUCUUGCAUCAGACCUCUGUUGCCAAAGUCCUCUGAGUGCCGUCUCAGGACCUGGGUCACCCUCAUGGCACAAUGGCCAACCCUCAGGAGCACCUGAGCUGCUCCUCUUCACCACACUUGCCCUUGACUGAGAACAAAGCUUCUCAUGGACGAAAUGAGCUUGCCGCUAUGGGGAACCACCCUCCACCCAAGCUCCCCGAGGACCCCCAGGAGAAGGCUGUGCAGCCAGAGCUGAUGGAGACCACGGGCAGUCCCAUCUCUACAGCAGUGCUGACCAGUGUGAGCGAGGAUUCCAGGGGCCAGUUUGAGAACAGUGUUCUUCAGCUAAGGGAGCAGGAUGAAUCAGAGAUGACGGUGUCUCCGGGGAACAACAGCGCUGUGGAUGGAGAGAGCACGAACGGAACUGAAGACAUCAAGAUUCAGUUCAGCAGGUCCGGCAGCGGCGGCGGGGGUGGGUUUCUCGAAGGGCUGUUCGGAUGCCUCAGGCCCGUGUGGAACAUCAUCGGGAAGGCAUAUUCCACCGAUUACAAACUUCAGCAGCAAGACACCUGGGAAGUGCCAUUUGAGGAGAUCUCAGAGCUGCAGUGGCUGGGGAGUGGGGCCCAGGGAGCUGUCUUCCUGGGCAAAUUCCGAGCAGAGGAGGUGGCCAUCAAGAAAGUGAGAGAGCAAAAUGAGACGGACAUCAAGCAUCUGAGGAAGCUGAAACACCCUAACAUCAUCGCAUUCAAGGGCGUCUGCACUCAGGCCCCGUGUUACUGCAUCAUCAUGGAGUACUGUGCCCACGGACAGCUGUAUGAGGUCCUGCGAGCUGGCAGGAAGAUCACGCCUCGGUUGCUCGUGGACUGGUCCACGGGAAUCGCCAGUGGGAUGAAUUAUCUCCAUCUCCAUAAAAUCAUACAUCGUGAUCUCAAGUCACCAAAUGUUUUAGUGACUCACACAGAUGCAGUCAAAAUCUCAGAUUUUGGUACGUCUAAGGAACUCAGUGAUAAAAGCACCAAGAUGUCCUUUGCUGGUACAGUUGCGUGGAUGGCACCUGAGGUGAUCCGGAAUGAGCCUGUCUCUGAGAAGGUUGACAUAUGGUCUUUUGGAGUGGUGCUUUGGGAGCUGCUGACAGGGGAGAUCCCCUACAAGGAUGUGGACUCUUCAGCCAUCAUCUGGGGUGUGGGGAGCAACAGCUUGCACCUCCCAGUUCCUUCCACUUGCCCAGAUGGAUUCAAAAUCCUUAUGAAACAGACAUGGCAGAGUAAGCCUCGUAACCGGCCUUCCUUUCGGCAGACACUCAUGCAUCUGGACAUCGCGUCUGCAGACGUGCUUGCCACCCCACAGGAAACUUACUUCAAGUCUCAGGCCGAAUGGAGGGAAGAGGUGAAAAAGCACUUUGAGAAGAUCAAGAGUGAAGGGGCCUGUAUCCACCGGCUGGACGAAGAACUGAUCCGCCGGCGCAGGGAAGAACUCAGACAUGCCCUGGACAUCCGGGAGCACUAUGAGCGAAAGCUUGAGCGGGCCAACAAUCUGUACAUGGAGCUGAGCGCCAUCAUGCUGCAGCUAGAAAUGCGAGAGAAGGAACUGCUGAAGAGAGAGCAAGCGGUGGAAAAAAAGUAUCCUGGGACCUACAAGCGAUACCCUGUCCGUCCAAUAAUCCACCCCAAUGCCAUGGAGAAACUCAUGAAAAGGAAGGGUGUGCCCCACAAGGCUGGAGUUCAGACUAAACGGCCAGACCUAUUACGAUCUGAAGGUAUCCCCAGUGCAGAGGUGGCUCCCACUGCAUCCCCUCUGUCUGGAAGUCCCAAAAUGUCCACGUCAAGCAGCAAGAGCCGAUACCGAAGCAAACCUCGUCACCGCCGAGGGAAUAGUCGAGGCAGCCAUAGUGACUUUGCAGCAAUCUUGAAAAGCCAGCCGACCCAGGAAAACUCACCCCACCCCACUUACCUGCAUCACGCUCAGGCUCCCUGCCCUUCUCUCCAGCAGCAAUACCAGCAACCCCCUUCUGCCCUGCCUCAGAGCCGCCAUCCCCGACUCAAUAUGCAUGGGCAGGACAUUGCAACCUGUGCCAACAACCUGAGGUAUUUUGGCCCCGCAGCAGCCCUGCGGAGUCCACUCAGCAACCAUGCUCAAAGACAGAUGCCUGGCUCCAGCCCGGACCUCAUCUCCACAGCCAUGGCGGCAGAUUGCUGGAGGGGUUCUGAACUUGAGCAAGCUGGACCCUGGGGCUGCUGUCAGACCGAAGCCUAUGAUCCCUGUCUCCAGUGCAGGCCAGAGCAUUCUGGAUCUUUAGAUGUUCCCACCACUGAGCCAGUGGGAAGCAGCCCAGACUGUUCCAGUUCACCAGCACACAAUCCUCUUUCAGGAAAUGCCCAAGACUCCGAGAGAAUGGAGGCAAAUGGAUUCAAUGGCUGUCAAUCUGGUAUUUCUCAUCAGUUCACACCCCCAAUGCUACCUCAAAAGACACGGCCCCUUCAGAAGAGUGGAGAUGACUCCUCGGAAGAGGAAGGGGAAGUAGACAGUGAAGUGGAAUUUCCUCGAAGACAGAGGCCCCACCGCUGUAUUAGCAGCUGCCAGUCCUACUCCACCUUCAGCUCCGAGAACUUCUCUGUGUCUGAUGGAGAGGAGGGGAACACCAGUGACCACUCAAACAGUCCCGAUGAGUCGGCUGACAGACGGGAAGACCGCCUGGCAGAGAAACUGGACGACCUGCUGUCCCAGACGCCCGAGGCCCCCAUCGAGAUCUCCUCCCACUCGGAUGGGCUGUCUGACAAGGAGUGCGCGGUCCGGCGCGUGAAGACGCAGAUGUCCCUGGGCAGGCUGUGCGCCGAGGAGCGUGGCUACGAGAACCCUGUGCAGUUUGGAGACUCGGACUGUGACUCUUCAGAGGGCGAGUGUUCUGAUGCCACCGUCAGGACCAGCAAGAACUACAGCUCUGCCACCUGGUGACGGGGGCUCUCCCUCAGAAGAUCGCGAGACAUCGUGGGCAUCUCGAACCCUCUCCAGCCCUCGGCUCCUCCCUCCUGCAUUUGUCUGGGAGGAGUGGCCGCGUCCCCGAAACAAGCCACACUGACAGGAACAUGAGAUUUGUCAAAUCUCUGGGGAAAUACCCAAAUGAAAUUCCGUCUCACUGAGCAUUUCAAUCAAGAAUGGCAGGGAUCUAUUGUACUGAAAACUCCAGCUACUGUAACAUUGAUAUUUAUUUUUGUUGGACAUUUUAACACUUUGUAUUGUAAAGAGUGAACUAUAUAUGAUACACAGACACAAUAAUUUCUUUACAAAAAAAAAAAAAAGGAAAGGAAAGAGUCUUUAGGAGAGACAUUUGGAAUUUGUGGAGCUAGAAGGUGUCACUGUCGCUUGAACCCAGGACCAGGUCUUUUGUCCGUGUUUGAAGAGUUGUAAUGAGACACAGUGAGCACUUAAGACACAAGCCAAAGGAAAUGCAGCCACAUUAAGUCCAGCCGGCUUGUCUACAUAGGGAUGGAAAUGGCCUGGAAGUUGAGUGAUCUAAUAGCACCAAAGCCUUGGAGGGCACGUGCUUCCUCACGCAAACAGAACCGUAGCUACACAUCUGGAAUUUCAUCCCUUAAACACUGAGCAGGUCUGGCAGUAAAGGUUACAGUGUCAUCAAGUCUUGCCCUUAGCAAACGCUUCCCUGUAAAUGCUGCUGCGGUCACGGCUGUGCCCAGCACGGUCUUUCAGACCUGUGUACCGUUCUUCUUCCUUUCUUCCCACCUGCUGACCACUCCUCUCAGGAAGUGGGAUAAAGGGGUAAGAAAAAAAGAGCAUCUGUGACUUUAGGAAAACAUGCCUGUAAAACUUCUUUUUCAGGAUGGAGGUUCAGCUAUACAUGCAAGAUGGCACAACCCCUUCCUGGACCCCGGUUGUCUAUCUCCUGGAAUCAUAUUGAUUCACACAGAAGGCAGCUAGGACGUGUGUGUCCAGUGUCCAUUUUGUUCGUAAUCUCAUUCUAGCUUAGAAGCUUUGGUGGCCGUCUGUCACUGUAGCAGAACAGGCAAAAGAAGCAGCGUGCAGAAAAGUGACCGUCUCACCACGUUUUCAUUCUGAAUCACUGCAGUUUUGUUUAGUUGGGUUAGGAAAUUUCUAGAAGGAACAGCUGAUGCUAAGCAGGUAAUUAGGAUUCCUUUAGUUUCUCAAAAGCAUGUGACUUUACCUGUGUCCAGAGUCCUGGGCUGUAAAAAGUACCCUAAGGUGCUUUGUGGAGUCUUGGCUUGAAGCUGGAAAGGUCUCACAGCCCUCCGAGGGCUGGAUUACAGGUGGGCACCUCCAUGCCUGGCUUAAAGAUGUCUUAUCUAGAAUUUGUAAGCGUACGCAUUAGCCUGACUCCUAUGUCUCCAAUGCAGGCUUCUGCCAAGUCCGAACUGGCUGGAUUCUGGCAUUGCAUCCUGUAAGGAUGUUAGGUAUUAAGACAUUCCAACCCCAACGGAAAUGGUGCCCCUGGGCUGGGUGUCAUUGACUGCAUUGGCCAAAAAUGAAAAGCAGGAGGGGAUUUAGAGCCGGUCUUCUCUUUGACCCUCCCUUGUUUACACUUUAUGUUGAGACAUUGAUUUUGAAAUUUAGUGUCUAUAAUGUUUAGCUCAUAGGAAGGAUGAAGGAACAUGUUUAACUUAGAAAGCAGUAUUGUUUUGUUAAAUUAUUCCAUUUUGUAUGAACUGUAGCAGGACUACACAGGAGAGCUUAAGUUAUGGCAUUAUUAUUGUUGUUUUAUUUUAUGGUGUCAUGAUUUUCUGUUGACCAGAAGGUGUGGUUUGUGAUGUAGCACAAUGACUGUUUCUUGCUAACCAUGAAUUAUUGUGGACUUCUGUGGGCCAAGUGAAGGUCUGGGUCUGGAACCGUCCUCUGGAAUGCCUGGCAUUCCUCAGUGUACCCCCUCGUUUCCUGAAUACAGCAGCAGUGGUCUGAGGAGGUGUGCUCUGCCCUGACACCCAAUGGGUACACUGUGAUUAUUAUUAUUAUUAUUAUUAUUAUUAUUAUUAUUAUUAUUUUACUUGAUUGUAAAAACUCCUGAAUGGGCAGAUGACCAAGUUGAUGACCAAGUAGUUCAAAAGUCCCCAAAGUUAUAAACUUGCUCAAAUGUCUUAAAAAUAAAAUCAUGGCACUGUAGUAGAAGCAAAAAGAUUUAAUGCUCAAGCAGCAAGACCAAGCGUUUCUGCAGGGGGCUCAUGAGGUAGUGUCAAGAGCGGACAGCAGAGUGAGUCACCUCCUUCCCGCUGAGCCCCACAGACUGGGAAGAGUGGAAAGACUCGAAACGAAGAGAAGUGUGUGAUGCCUCAGUGACGCCCUUCCAUAACAGACACGAGUUCUAGGAGGUGGGGGUGUUGGGGUCACAGGGCUGGGGAACGACAUCAGAGGCAGCAUUCCCUCAUCCUCCAGCCUCGGGUCCCUUAUUCCUCGGAAUUGAGACUCUCUCUGCCCAACACAAAGCAGAGCCAGCUGUUUGUCCUGCUCCUUUAGUGGCAACAGAGAAACAUGAAGGCCACCUUCUAUCUGGCACCUUUCCACGUCGGUCCUCCCAGAAAACCCACCCUACAUGCCAGUCUUCAUCAGCAUUCUGAAUCCCCAUCCUCCCUGUCUGUCACACUGAGGCCACCGUUAUCUGGAUCGACUAUUGCAGGCGUGCUAGGCACGUGGCGUUGACUCCAGUCAUUCACUGUAUCAUCCAGACAGGAGUGAAACCCAGACUUUUUGAGUGGAGUUAGGGUUCUAAGCAAGGUUAAAAGGGAAAACUAGUCUCUACCCUGCCCUUCCUCCACAGCCUGCCUUGUAGGAACCAGGAAACUUGGACUGACUGUGUUUCCUUGAAAACAUAGUCAUCAGAAGAACACUGAGUGGAGAGUUCAGGGAACAUAAGAGUCAAUUCUUCCGUGCUGUUCACUGCCACCACGCUUUGGGGCUCUGAGAAGGCUGGCAUGACCGACCUCAAGUUCCGUCACUGAUUGAAAGAUGAAUAUGUACAUUCUUUGGCCGUCUGGUUUUGACUACCAAGAUGAAUUUUGUUUUUGUGUUGCAGUCAAGCACUGGAUUUUCUUUCUUUUACUAAAUCAUGUCACUGAAUAAAAACCCCUCUGACAGUUGCUUAGCACAGGAAUGGAGACACCUAUAUCCACUUUGAAACAUACCUCACCUUAGAGCUAGCUGCAGGACUGUGGGAGAUCCCGACAGGACAAUGAAGUGAUGUUAUUAGGUGUCUUGGGUAGCCUGAUUGAAGACUUGAGUAUUUUAGACCUUUAGUUCCUCCAAAUUAAUCCUGGAAUUAAAGUCAUUUUGAGUAAGUACUGUCUAGUGCUUACUCAGGGGCCCUUUGUGCUAAGCCAUUCUCCUAACCUGCUCUAGGGGAUGGAGAUGACGAUGGCUUUGAAGUUCCUGUUACUGACUCAGGGUUGUCAGUGUUCCCACAAGGCAGCAUUGGCGUCUUCUCAGUGGGAAUGCGUUCCUAUUGAUUCUGUGGUUUACUGCUUUUUAUCAUGUCCUUAUGUCUCAUGUUUUUAAUGAUCAUUUGUUUUAUUCUUUGAGAAUUUCAUACAUGCGUACAAUGAAAUGUGAUCAUACUCCAUUCCCCUUCCAUAUCCCACUCAAAACCCCCUCCUCCUGACUUCAUGCUUCUGUGUGGGAUGGUGUGGGUUUUAGGUUGUUGUUUUGGUAACUCACUAAGUCUAGGAGUGCCACCCAUGUGUGCAUGUGUAUGAAAACAUCCACUGGAGGAUCAUGGGAGUGACCCUCCUGUCUCCCCAACCCUCCCCAACUGUCAGGCGCUCCUCAGUGGGGUAGGGCCUGGAGAUCACCUUCCCACAUCAAAUUCUCUUUUUUAAAAAACUUUCUAGCUGGAUUGGUAGCAUAUACCUUUAAUCCUAGCUCUGAGAGAAAGAGAAGGCAGAGCUCUGACUUGGUGAGAUCCUGUCUCAAAACAUAAAAUAAAAUAAAAUCCAAGAAAUUCCUGCCCUGUUCCACGCAUACCGUGUUUAUUUCUCCAGAAACCGAAACACUACCAUGUGCCACCAUGGAUCACCUCUGCACUAAACACCAUGGGCACUGAACACCUUAUUGCUUCCUGCUGAGCCUUGCUUACAUCCUCAGAGCCACUCACGGCAGCAUCUGGAGCAUCAUUCAUGACUUGUUGGGAUUGGCGUGCAGUGUUUAUUAUCCCAGCUCUGAGCUCACAGUUGUUCCCUAAAGAUGAUUCUAGACCUUGAGUUCCCUGAUGGGCAAGUACAGGACUAUGCCAGUAGUUGUCUUAUGGGUCCCCAAGGCUGACAGGGGCAUGCCAUGGCAGGCAAAGGGCCACUUGCCUUUAUUCUCUCCCUCUGGACUGCAGUCCAGUUGACUAAGCACCAGAUGCAUCUCUACCCACACGGAACUGUACCAGAUGAGCACACUCUUCCCUGUCUACGAACUGAAGGUUCAGGUGUGCAGUCUGUUCCGUAUUUCCUCCCAAAAUGCUGAGAAUGAUGUGAAUUUUUCUGUCAAGACGUCUCUUCAGCUGUCAGUAUGGAUUCAGUGCCUUUCCAGGCAGCAAGGUUUUCCUUUGCUGAUGCCAUAGAACAAAUGUCCCAAUGUGCUCACCUCCCUUAGACUGGCUCACUGGAUGCGUCUGUUUGCCUAUCUGCAUGGUUUAACUGGCAUUGCAAAUGCCCGUCCAAACAAGAAUGAACUGAACUAGGCUGCUGAGUGGAGGACCCAGUGGAACCCAGAACAUUUCUCAGGGACAGGAGGCUGAAGAGGAUAGCUCUCAGAAACAGAGAAAGAGCUUGGUUAGGCUUUGGUAAAUGCCACAUGCACGGCAAAGGCGUGACAGCAAGAUAUCAGGUGCCACAUCCUCAGCAGAUAGCAAGGCCACUGUCAGGAGGCUUCCAGCACAAUCACAGCCCUGCUUCCCAGGGCCUCUGCACAGCACUGGAGGUCACUGGUGUCUGGCCAAUGACCACGGUCCUCCCAUGGCUACAAGCUGGAGGGCCCAGCCACAUGUACAAGCUAUUAGGAAAAGGUAUCUUGACCACACUACCCCCGUGGCUCUCCACCUCUAGAGUUACACAUCUCUGAGGAUGGGGAAACCUUUUCAGUCUUUUUUUUAAUGUUUGUAUGUCUGCCCCCAUCCCACCCUCUCUUUCUGUGAUUAUUUAUUACUGUAAUUUGAGUUCUAUUGAUUUAGAGCAAAUGAAUUUCUUUCUAGUACCUAUGUCUCAAAAUGAACUCCCUUGUCUCCUUGAAGCUCCCGGGUCCCUGGCUCUGUGUCAUUUUCAGAUACUGGCUCUGGCUUUGUACCGAACAGCAAUGGGAACAAGAAUGAUGAUGAAAACAAACAAAUGCAUGAAAUUAAACCAAGUAUACCUUG